AUGUGUCAUGCUUCUCCACAGUGGACCGAGACUCUCCCGCUGGUUCUCCUCGGCAUGCGCAGUUCCUGGAAGGAAGACCUGCAGAGCUCCCCAGCUGAACUCGUGUACGGCGAGACACUACGCUUGCCAGGCCAGUUCCUGUCAACAGACGACAGCUUCACCACCGCAGACAUCACGCAAUAUGCUUCCCGUCUGCAGUCACACAUGGCCAAGCUGAGACCGAGACCAACUUCGUGGCACUCAUCAUCUACAUCGCCAUUCUACAUACCACGUGACCUGUCAACCUCUUCACACGUCUUCCUACGUCAAGAUCAUGUACGCGGUGCACUUCAACCACCAUACGCUGGCCCCUACAAGGUCAUCGAGAGGCAGCCAAAAUUCUUCACCCUCGAUGUCAAAGGCAAGACAGUCAGCGUAUCCAUCGACAGGCUGAAACCGGCGUACACUGAAAAAGAUGACCCAAAUCUGGUGAUGGAGCAACCAAACAGCCAACCUACAAUAGCACGAACAGCUGAAAGACAGACUCGCAGCGGCCGAAAAGUACGCUUCCCGGACUUCUACCGACCGUAG